AUGGAUUUUCCCAACGACUUGAGCACCAAUUGUCAUGAGAUAUCGGGUAUUUUCGAAGUGGUGUGGAAACUCUUCAACCUCGCAAGCAAUGAGAGUGACUGGGACGAGAGCGACGAGCAAUUGAUCUUGUUGCAGGCGGAAUGCCAAUUCCGUAUCUUUCGCUGGCAUUCGAUCAUCGAUGUCGAACAUUGCGGUCUUUGGGUAUUUGCAUUCUCGUCCAAUGAGGAUGAAAAGAUUUUGAAAUUGGCGCAUAAUCUUGGAUUGACAUUGGCAUCUCAUGGUUGUAUUAAGGCGUCUGAGUUGGGUAAUUUGAAUCCUCUAGUUGAUUCCGAGGCUUCAUCCCUUCACAGUCCGGCGUUUGACCCUUAUUCAAUAAAUGACGAUUCUUUUGAUCAUAAUGGUACCGUUCAGUCAGAUGAACCAAUCGCUAAAGCUGAUGAUGAUGCUGAAACCCCAGCACUUUCCGCAAUAUACAUCAGAUUUAUUGAAGCUACAAGGCGAUCUAUUGCCUUCACGUUGGCUCAACAGCCCGGCUGGCUACUCUUCAAUAACAACACCUGUCUCAAUGAACAAUCUCUUGGCUUCAGCGCGCUCCAUCCCCCUAACACGACAGAGGUUUUGACUGUGAAGUCAGAAUGGACUGCUCUAGGGAGCCUUCUGUUGCGUGUAGUCGCCGCGCGGGUCCCUAAGCUUCAUAAGAUAUCAGAGCUCCUGAAAUUAGACAAUCAUAGUCUGUUUAUCAAUUUGCCAGUGCUCAUGACCCCUUUGGGUCUUUGGGGCCUUGUUCGCUCAAUUGAGGCUAAGGACAGAUAUCAACGCAGAUCGCCCAAAUAUUUAAAGCGUACGAAAUCAUUGCGUAAAUAUCUGGAUACUUUUGGUUUGUUGCAAACGCAAGACACGAGUUGGCUCACAAUUGAGCUACAAGAUACUCUGGCUAGACGUCAAUCUAAUUCCGACCUCAAGACCGAGAAUGAUUAUGACAAGGUUGAAAUCUUCUGGCCAGCUGAUUGUUGCUUCUGCCUGGAUCUCAAGUGCUCGAAUAAGCCAAGCGACAAUCAAAUCAUGGACCCAAUCGCACGGGCAGAGUCCUGGUACAAUGCCCGCCAUGAACGCGAAAAGGUUUUGGUAGACAGGAAGAGGGCGGAGGUUGCGGCUCAAAGGAUGAAUGCUAACAAAGAAGCAAUAGAUCGCGACGUAGUAAACGCUCUCUCUCCGCUUGAUCCAAGAGCGAAUUUGCAGGACGCCAGCGGGUUCUAUCCUACUCCACCAGAUGGAAUACAAUCUCAAGCCAACAACACUCCUGCUCAAGACGAGAUUACGGAGCCUACUGUUCAAGAUGGGCAUCAGGCAUUUAGAGAUCCUCACUAUGGGUAUCAUGGUGCGGAUGACCAUGAAAUGUUUGGAGAUCACGACAUGGGUCUGACUGAGGAGGAUCUUGAGUUUUUCAACGAGCCAGGUGAGGAGAAUACAAGUGCGACCUUGGCCGACUUCCGAGAAGAUGUCAAGCAAGAGGUUUUCGAAAUAACACAAGGUGAUCAGGGGACCCCCAAAGAAUCGGAAAAUAUUGCCAUACAGGACGUGGAAAUCCUGCAUGAGGCUGAAACAGACACUCAAGAUUGGGACUAUGAUCGGCAUCACUUCUUGGUAAAUGAUCCUUCAAGUUCAGUCUCUUCCAUCACAGGUCUCGCUACCAAGAGGCGGGAGACGAGUCUGUCGUCUUGUGAAAAUCAGCAGACGGCCAGCGCCGAGACGAAGCCUAACGUCCCACAAAAACCGCAAUCCAUAUGGCAAGAGGAUUUUCAGCACGCUGAACCACCUCACGAAGAGAAACUUGACCAAAAAUAUUCCGUAGGAGGGCGUUUCGAUUUUGCAGCAAUUCAUGAACGGAGCUCAAAACAAAGAGAUAGUAAACACCAAAUGCAUUCCGAUAUUCCAAAGAUUGGUCUCCAAGACGGUAGCGCUUCCGACACUGAGGACACCUAUGACCAAGAUGAGGUCACGACAUCAUCGUCGAGUGAUUUUGAAAGCGACAGUGACGAUGACAUGUACGAUUCGAGCAUUUUAGAAAAGUCAUCCAAGCUUCAAAAUACGACACCCUCUCCGGAGCCGACUCAGAAAGGCUAUCGAUUGAAACGGAAUUCUAAAUUUCCAACACCAGACCUCUUCCGCCAUGUUCUCAAUUUGCACUCUUCACUAAAAGACCCUUUCGUACAGGAAACGCAUCCAACGCCAAUUACUGCGGCAAGUCAAGCAUUCAUCCAACAUGCGCAAAUUAUGACUGACCAGGCUCUAACAACUUCUCGUUCAAAGAGUGUGUCGGACAAUUCGUUAUUUCAAAAACCUCCGCCAGUAGGUGCUGCUCAACUGGGUGCUCGGUAUAGUGCUGUAACCAGGAUUGUCGAGUUCUGGUUUCCUACCAGUCGAUGUCUUGAUCUACGAGACUUCAUCGGCAUCAAGAAAUCAAAGGCUGACCUUCGCCCUGCCGCUAGACAAGAUCUUCAGCUUCAGCCACUUCCAUAUCCAGACAUGACCAUCAGGCGUAUGGGUAUGAAGAUGGACAUGUUGCCGUCCGCACUACCUUUCUGGGAAGAACUGAGUCUUGAGCCUCUACACGGCCAGAAGGACGUCGUAGCAUUCUGCUUCUCGUCUGAUCAACAGACAUACCUUGAUCGUCCUAUUACAAGGUUCAUGCGGAUGAUGAGAGAUGCAUACCAAGGUUGCAAUUUGGGUAGACAUAGACUUGUUGGAGCUGAACAUGGCCAAGACACAGCCCUCCCACCGCAGGAUUACAGCACUUUUGGGGCGAAGCUAGCUGAAACAUUCGCGAGAAAUGAUACGCUGAUAGUCUAUAUACUCAAUCAAAAAUCCGACUUUGCUGCACCAACCGACCUGUGCGCUGGUGCAAUGGAGCUAUUGGAAGGCUAUCGAUCGGUACUGGCUGCAAAGAGUACUCAGGAUCCACCGGACUUGGUGAUACAAUUCGUUCCGCUGGGCUUUAUAUUUGAUACUAGAUUUGUUGUGACACCACCGCUCGGUGAAUAUAGAAGACUGGCUUUCGAGGUCUACGACCGAUGCGGCCCGCCGAAGGAUGCUCCAUACUCCAAGCCUCCGUACAUGCCAGCAUCUGCAUUCGCAUUAUCACAGGAGAUGCCAGCACAGAUUGAUCUUCAGCUUUCAUCUGAUAGCAGCGUUGCUAAGCUAUACGAGGAUGAUUGCUUGCACAUAGCUUAUGCCUGGAAGCCCGCUGAACCUUGGCUCACUGUUUCAUGGUCUGACAAUACCGGCAACUUGCAAUGGACAGCCGCACACUGGCUCGGGGAAGAGUUUAGUGACGUAUGGCAAGCAUUUAUUGACACAGUUGAUGAGAUACUUGAAACAACACUGGAGAUGCUGGAUCCCCGAAACCGCCCAUGGCAAAUAUUCAUUGCGAAAGAGAAGCAUUUCUAUGUCGAUGAGCUGGAAUGUAAGUUCGUUUUCUUCUUGGUGCCCAGAAUACCAACUGAUAUCUAUUUAGUAUGGGAAGCUGUCAUUUCAAAUCUCGGCAGGUCAAAAUACCGAUUUUAUUUCAUGACUGUCGAUGCCGAGCCCGAUCUUCAAUGUUCUGUUCCCAUGGCCGCACCAGAGGAAUCUAACACCAUGGAUCAACCUCUCACUCCAGUAUCUACACCCAAUGCUGCUGCAAAUUCGCCAGAUGUUACCACCGCUGCCACGCCGAGCGGCCAAACAGCCUUUGAUAAUGAUCCAGACACAAGGCUUGUUGACGCCAGAGAUGAGGCAUGGAGAUGUAUUGUUGGAGCAGGCAGCGCUGACCAUUGCCUCCCAACAUCGUACUGUCUACCACUAAGCUCUGGGUACAUUAUAAAGCGAGCGGGUGUCAGUGAUGUAGAAGGCGUCAUGCUUCUAGCAGUCUCUCUGAUGAAGCCAGACGAUGAAACUCUAUUGUUAGGGGUGCUCGAGAUGUAUCACAAAUUGGCGACUCUGGCGAGAAUGAGAGGCCUCACCGAUACGGUCACAGGUAUGCUGCCAAUACAUAUCGCAUCUGCGAGGAAAGCAUUCGAAGCUGUCCAUUCGUCGUUGCGGCUUGGUAAUGGAGAAGGAUGA